AUGAAGGCUCGAAUAGGUGUUCUUGUUCUGCACGCACUCUGGUGUCAAUAAUGGCUUCAAUUAUUCUUCUAUUCCAACCAGAUUACUGCAUCGCUAAGCGACAGCCACCAUGUCCUCCUUCAUCAUGCGGCCAAAUUCGCAACAUAUCUUACCCAUUUCGCCUCAAAGGUGACCCAAGCCAAUGCGGCGACCCAAGGUAUGAGUUAGGUUGCGUUAACAACGUCACACUCUUAACCUUGUUCUCGGAGAAAUACCAUGUACGAGACAUCGACUAUAAGCAAUACAAAGUCGUUGUCAGUGACCCGGGUCAGGAGGAAGAAGCUAAUUGCUCCUUCAUCCCUCGCAAUUUCUUAUCGGACAGUAAUUUCAGGCCCACGGGCCUGGUUGGCCCAGAUGAUUUCGGAUCGGAGCCGUUCACUUGGGAACCCUGGUAUACUCUCCGAAUAGGGUACUUUAACUGCGCGAAUCCUGUGAGUGACGAUCCACGAUAUGUUAAGGUGGAGAGAGGUGAAUGUGGGAGAGGUGGGCACGUGUACGCGGUAUUAGAACCGUCUUUGUAUGAGGUUCGUGUGAAGGACAUCAAGGUUGGGUGCGAUCUGAUGGUGGCUACAGUGGUUGACUGGUCACCGAAAGAGAAUGUGAGCUACGACGAGAUCCGUGGCGUGAUAAGUGAGGGAAUUCGGUUGUCGUGGUUGCCGGUGAUUUGCGAGGAUCGAUGUGGAAGGGGAACGGAGUGUAAGGUUAUCAACGGAGAAGUCCAGUGUGAGGAACAUUACUGCCAUUACGCCUACCACACCACCGAUAAAUGCGAACCUUGGCACCAGAUUUUUGGCUAUAUUCGAGCUUAUCUUAGAGGCGUUAUUUUUGGAAUAGCUAGCAGAAUAACAUUCAGUACGAAACAAUUGGACAACCCUGUUGGACUGCAAUAUUUUUAUGGAGGAAUAUUCAUAGGACGACAAAUUAUACCAAUAUUUUUGGCUGCCAGAUAUCUGUUUGGAGUUGUACUUAUUCUUGUGCUAUUGAUCUACAAAUGGCGACGAAAACAUUCUUCAAUAUACGAAAAUAUUGAAAAUUUCUUGCUAGAUAGCCAUCUAAAUCCCAUUAGGUACGAGUACAAAGAAAUAAAAAAAAUGACUGGAGGUUUCAGAGUGAAAUUGGGUCAAGGAGGCUUUGGUGCUGUAUAUAAAGGAAAACUCCAAAGUGGGUUGGAUGUAGCAGUAAAGAUGUUGAGCAAAUCUAAUGAUAAUGGACAAGAUUUCAUGAAUGAAGUUGCUACCAUUGGAACAAUACAUCAUGUAAAUGUGGUGCGUCUUCUUGGAUACUCUGUAUAUGGAAAAAAGCGUGCUCUAGUUUAUGAAUUUAUGUCAAAUGGAUCACUAGAUAAAUAUAUUUUCUCCAAAGAAGAAAAUACUCGUUUAAGUUAUGAGAAAAUAUAUGAAAUAUCUCUUGGAAUAGCCGGUGGAAUUUCAUAUUUGCAUCAAGGUUGUGAUAUUCAAAUUUUGCAUUUUGAUAUCAAGCCUCAUAAUAUUCUUUUAGAUGACAACUUUGCUCCAAAGGUUUCAGAUUUUGGACUUGCAAAGCUACAUGCAGCAAAUGAUGGUGUUAUCAAUAUGACUACAGCAAGAGGAACAUUGGGUUAUAUGGCUCCAGAGUUGUUUUACAAAAAUAUGGGUGGAGUAUCUUAUAAAGCUGAUGUGUAUAGUUUUGGAAUGCUUCUAAUGGAAAUGGCAAGUAGGAGAAGGAACUCAAAUCCUCAUGCAGAACAUUCAAGUCAAAGUUACUUUCCCUUUUGGAUUUAUGAUCAAUUUCAUGAAGAGAAAAAUAUUGAUAUAGAAGAUGCUUCAGAAGAGGAAAAUAUUCUAGCUAAAAGGAUGUUCUUGGUAGCACUUUGGUGUAUUCAGUUAAAUCCAAGUGAUCGGCCUUCAAUGAACAAGGUAAUAGAGAUGCUUGAAGGGAUGAUUGAAGGUCUUGAAUUGCCUCCAAGGCCUUCAUUUUAUAAAAAUGAAACAUACAGACAUGAAAAAAUUAGCUCAGUACAUGAAAAUAUUAGCUCUGACUUUUCUGAAUUCACUUACUCUGAUAGUCAAUCUAAUAAAAGCAUAUCAUUAUAUUGACCAGAGAGUGUUAAAGAGGACAUAAGAUAACUUAAAUUAGGUGUAAUGUUGAUGGGACUAAUGAAUUAAUGUGAAUGGUUGGUCCUGGAUAAUUUGAUUUGGUCGUAAUUGUUCGCUAUUGUAGAUGAUUAUGGCUUUUAAAAACUUUCAUAUAGUAAGAAAGUGUGACAUUAGUGCAAUUUCUCAGAGGCAUCAUUUUUAU